UGUUUACUUGUACCAAGUGUCAAUGUUGUGUUUAUUGUUAUGGAUGUGUAGAUGUGCAUGUGUGUGAUAUUUUUUCCGCGAUGACAGACCACCAGGAAGAGUUCUUAAAUGACUUUUUUAAUAAUGUGUCGCAGCUUAAUUUUGAAAAGGCCAGGGAGCUAGCGGAAAAAGAACGAGAGAUUUCGCGACUUGGGCUAACAGGACCAUGGGGAAUGCUGCUAACACAUUUGUCUCAGGUAGCACUUGCUGAACGUUCCUAUGUUGAUUUAGGGUUUUUUGUAACAAAAAAUAAAGGCUUCCUACGCAAAGAUAACUCCCUCAAAUCAAUGUAUGACGGUUUACGUACAGAUCUGAGCCGUUUGGAAGAGCUGACGAGAUCAAGUGGGCCUGAUAAAACUGUGAAUACUGUUGCAAAUCAGCUGACACAAUUUUUAACAGCUCGCAUUGAACUAAUAGACUUAUAUGAAAAAAUGCAAGUAAUGGGAACUGGAAAGCAAAUGCAGUAUGAAGAGCUUGUCUCCCAUAUUGAAUGUAUUGUUGAAAAACAUUCUUUGUCAUUUCCACAUAUGGCUCUAACUUCCAUCAAAGCUGCUCUCAGUUUGGAGUGUGAAAUUCUCGACCAUUUGUUGCGUGCCCAAGUUGAAAUGCAAAUGUGGAGGUUUCUUCAGUCCCUAAUGCUACUUCAUGGUGCUAAUACUCGAUUAUUGGCAUGGGAAAAUAAACUCCAAAACAGAGAGUCAAGGAAACUAGGAUUUCUGAAGGCAAAUCAACUUCCUGCAGUGUUCCAAUGGUGUUUAAAACUGAAAGCCGCUUUUGUAUCCAAAUUCACUUUAUAUUUUUUUACAACAUUGGUUAAACAGACGUCAUUUGCUGAAAUGAGACAACAGUGUGGUAAACUGUCCUGUGACUAUUAUCAAAAAAUUCAUAAUUUCCAGAGGCGUUAUGAUGCAGCUGCUGUCACUCUGUUGUUUGAUGCUACAGGUGUGGAAGAUUUCAAAGGCUCAGGCUACCAUCACCCAAAUAAACCUCUUGACCCUCCAACUGGUAUUGACUGCUACCAAAUAAUUUUCAGUCAUCCGGCUCAAAAACCUGUAAAUUACCUGCCAAUUAUUGUCAAUGUUAUACAAGAAAAUGCAGCUGAAUUGAUGGCAAUGGAUCAAGUGAUAUAUCAUUUCUGCCCAAGAGACAGGACAACAUAUUUCUUGUCCAGUGUUGAUCCACGAAUAACACUGGUUGUUAUUUUUGACUGUAAGAAAACAGAGAAGGAAACAAACAUAACAAAUUUUAUUACAGAUAUUAGCUCACAACUACGCUGUAAUAAAGUGUUUGCCAACCUGAAGCCGUCAUCAAAAUAAAAUAGCACCAAUGUAUCAGAACAAGUUUUGCAUAUUGCAACAAUGGUGUAUGUGGAAGUAUGAUAAUUUGAACUGUUUUUAAUUCGAAAGUUAUCAGUUUUACGCAGAAUAUCUUUUGCCUUCAGCAAGUAAUUGAUGUACCUUUUAAUAAGAGUUAGUUUUAAUAAUGUUAAUGGCUGUGAUAAUUGUUUUUACAUAAUUAAAAGUUUAAUUUUACUACAGCAAACAUUCUUAUCUCUUGCAUACUUUUAUAAGAUUGUGUACAAAUGUAACAUAUUUUAUUGCUGGAUGUUAGCUUGUAGGUCUGCUCCAAUAAUUUCUUUGGUAGCUUCAAAGUCAAGACCAAAAAUUGAAAUAGACAUUAAACACACAUAAGUGGUGAACAUUGCUCCAGGUUAGAUAGAACCAGAUGUGUAUCCAGAACUGUCCAAUGUUGAACGGAACUAUUUGUUAAGUCAGUAAUCUUCAUGUAAAAUACUUUUUGAAUCUGCAUAUCACAAUUGGUGUAUGUUUUAAUAGGAAUUACUUUUAAUAUAUUGAUGGCUGUGGAAAAUAACCUUGAGAGAUUAAAGUUUUAUUUUAUUACUA